GCGGAAGUAGAUACAAUGGAGAACUGGCGAGUUCAAUGUGCCCUUUUUUUCCCUAUUUUAGCCAUCGUUUUCGGCCAAGAUAUCCCAUCAGAUAGAACGAUGAAGGUAUGUACUGGAUCUUCUCUAAGAUUGGAUUUUGAUGGUGCAUCCUACAAUGAAAAAGUUCUAUUAAACUGGCUCUUCACACCAGUGGGAGGCAAACGAAAAGACAUUGGCCUGAAAACAACUGAGAGUGCCUUCAGACCUGUUGGUGACUAUGUUGGCCGUGGAGUAGAGAGAGUCGGUGUUAUUGGAAUAAUUAUCCCACAUGUAACAGCAGCUGACAGUGGGCUUUAUGAGUCCCAGGACCCAAACUUUAUAUACAACAUAACAGUACAAGAUCCAUGUUUGAACAUCUCACAUGUUGUUUCUAGGGAUGACAAAAAAUGUGUAGAUAUACAUUGUGCCACAGGAUAUGAUUUCAAUAGGAUCGAGGUAACAGAGGGAGGUGACCUGCAGCAAUUUGACACCGAUUCAAUUACAUUCUGCAGUACUUCUGUUAUCGCUGUGGCCUGCGUUGCUGAUAAUCAAGGUCAGGAGAUGUCAGAUACAACGACUGUUGUUCUGACAAUCAAAAGUGAUGAUGACUAUAAUGAAAAGGAAUCUGAUGAUGACUAUAAUGAAAAGGAAUCUGGAGGACUCCGAGGAGAGAUAAUUGCAGUCAUCGUUAUCUCUAGUUUCGUUGCUAUUGUUGCCAUAAUUGCAACAACUGUUUUCUUUGUCAAGAGACAAAGGGGCAACGGUAGAGGAUGUAUGCCGUGAAAAGUUCAAAAGAACCAUCAUUCCAGCGGUACAAGAUGGUAGGAACCAUCUGGGUGUUGUUUGAAAUAUAUUCAUAUAUGAAAAUUGCUCUAGUCGGCUAAAAUUUUUAUAUUUCAAUAUUUAUCUCAUAAUGCUUAUUUACAUAAUUAUUUGUAUGAUAUGUGCUUGAUUCACUGACAAGAAUUAAAUCAAUGUAUUGUUAAUUAUAUGUUAGUUAUUCAAGUCUAUAGUGUCAUGGACACGUAUUAUCAUCUUCAUAACAUUGUAAUUACGCGGCACAUAUUGGAUAUGAACACAUUUCGACAAACGUUUGUAGGAAACAAGUUUAUACUAUAGUUUGAUCCUAUCUUUGAAAUUUAAUUCUUUAUAUCUAUCGGUGUUCAGUAUUUGACAGAGCACUAUAACACGUGCCAAAAAUGAUUUGGGUCCAAAGGAGAAUGUAAGAAAUGGCGCUCCGAGGACAAGAGAUACUAGGUAAUAUUGUUAAAGGGGUCCAUCUUGUCGACAUCUAAUGAAUGAACUGUCAGCAAAAUGUGCAUGUUGUGGCCGAUAGAAGGAGAUUUAGAAGGGGGGACAGUGGGAUUCAGCUGAAAAGCGUGCCUAAAAUGAUCAUUUUAAAUUCUCUGACCACGAGGUGUUAUUUUUGUGACGAAUCUGAAAUCGAAUAGGGCCACUAUCUUGAAAAAAUUAUGUUAAACUUCUUCUCUUCACGAGUUCCACUGGUGCCUCUGAACUGAAAAGUGGUGUGGUGGGGAUGUUAAAGAAGGAAACUUGAGAAAGUGUUGUCAUUUUUCAGCUUUUUCGUCAAAAGUUCAAUAUGUCUGUAACAUGAUUCCGCAAUCCGGAUGGCCUUUUCCCACCACUAUUGCUGUUAUGUCAUAUACAGGUUUUGAUAGUGAGAUGACCAUUAAGGUUUAUGGACCUUUUCAUUUAACGUUGAUAAUCCAUUGAGUAAAGGCUCAUCUCCCAUUGGGGUUGUGAAAAGGCGUACAUGUUACAAACAUAAUAUGCCAAAUGGUUACAUGGUUUAUAAAGGACUAGCUAUAUUAAAAUUAAAUAAUAUGUUUUAUGCGUAGAUAAUUGAUAACAAAAACAUAAUUAAGAGAACAUGUAAAUACAUUGACUCGUUAUCAUUAUAUACAUUUAACUAAUACACGCAUGGUCUUAUUCUUGUGUUUUUUCAUGAGUCUCCGUGUGAAUUUUUCUUUUGUUCAUACCUUGCCCUAGUUUUAAGGGAUUUGAGUUUGGAUCAUGACUAUGCUAACAUGGUAGCAUUUUCUGUUUCUUGAGUACCCACCCCACAUGUAUCAUUCUUCUUUUGAGACAGAUUUAUAUCUGCUAGUCAGUGCAAGGUUGAGUAGUUUCAUAAUCACUGUAACCCUUACAAAUAAAAGAUGAACAAAUAGCAUCGAAGGAAAUGAAAAUUUAUUGUGUUUUUUUUUUAAGAUUAAAAGCCUAUUUCUAUGACCCCGGUGAAAUUCAUCACAGUCCAUCACCCUAUGAAAUAGAACUGUCUGUACUUAUAUAUCAUGUGACAUGCAGUUUUGUUAUUGGAAGAUUUCGUACUUCCUUUUUAACCUUAUAUAUGUACAUAUAUGUAUUUAUGUAAAGCAUGUUUUCCCUGCAUUCAUUUAGAUAUUUCUAACUCAUCAUAAUAAUGAUGUAAUGUAAUUACAAGUUCAUAGUUUAUAUCAGAGGACAACAUCCUUGGAGGUUACAUUAAUUAAUCAAUAAUUUUCAUUAGUUCACGUUUACAUUCAUAACUUUGUUUGAUUUGUCUUACAGACCUUGGUUAAAUAUAUCCCUUAACAAUGAUUGUCUUUGUAAAAGUCAUACCUCCCAGCUUCUAGUUUAACGAAAAGUAUAUAUAACCUUUGGCGUGCUUCUAGUUUUCACAGAGAAUGCAGUGAACCGCGUAUAUUUGUAGAUAUAUAAGAUAUGUAUAUGAUUAACUUCUUGACUGAUACUUAGAUAAAAGAUGUAUAUGUGACCUUUCAUUACAGAUACUACAUAUUCCAUUAUAUUUGAAUCCACAAUGAUAUGGUUUUAGCUUCUUCAGUGGAUUGCACAGCUUUGUGUAGGUAUGGUGAUACUUACCUGACUAAUUGUAGAGGCGUCACGUAUUAAAUUAACGAUCCGAACACUGUUUAAGAUACAGUCUGUUGUUAUCAUGCUCAACAUGUCUAAACUAAUGUUUUUAAUGAUGCAAUUAUUGAGAUUUAUAUUGAUGUAAAAAGGGACAGCAUACAAACAGGUUCUAUGACUGUGAAACAGAUUAUAUCAACUAAAAAUUUGAAAGAAAAAAAAAUAAAUUUUAUAUAUAGGUUCUCAUUGGUCCCUAGUUGUGCCAGUUUGAUUUUGGAUCUGAUCAGGGGGAAAAACAAAAAUUGGCCAACAGACGCCUGUCUCGGAUUUUGACUUUGAAAGUUUGUUAUCGCUCUUUAUUGAGAACUAGAUCUUUCUCAAAUAUCAUUGUAUAUUUUCCUUGAUACCUAGUUGUUUGAUUUUGCAGAUAGCAUAAUGAAUUGUGUAAGUAUAUAUAUGUAUAUACCAUCAGAGUGACCGUAGAGUAAAUUAAAAUUACAUGAGUUGUAUGUUUGUUCUUUGUUACUAGACCAGAAAAUCACAACGUGGGUAUCGUCUUAUUAAACUGACUAAGGACACUUAUGUAAAUCUUAUAUGCUGAUAUGUUCUACCUGUAAACAUGCCAUUUCUUUUCAAAAACAACUUAGUUUGUAUAUAGUUUCUUCUUUCUAAAAUACUUAAAUUGAUAUUAAAAAUUAUUAAGUUAUAUAUAUAUAUAUAUAUAUAUAUAUAUAUAUAUAUAUAUAUAUAUAUAUCAAUGAUGCUUUAAAAUAACUAAUCACCGAUCAUUGGAUUUUUUAAAUUCUCAAAAUUGUCGAUGUAGACAAUAUGAUAUUAUAAAUACAAAAGUGAUUGGUUAAUAUGAAAAUAUUUCAAGGAAUUUCUAGUUAACUGUACAAUGUACGAACAAGGUUGCAGUACAGAUUAAUUUCAUUUUCAAACAUGCCACUGAACUACUCAACUACUCGACUGUUAUGUUGUAUGAGUGAAUAAUGGAAUGAUUAUAAUGAUUUUCUUAGAACGAUUAUUUCGUAUUUGCUAAAAUGUUUUGUAAUUUUUAAAAAGAUUUUUUUAUAGAAUCGUGUAAAGAGUUCACAUUGUUUUGCACUUAAACAUUUAAUUUAUAUUUUAUCUAUAUUGACAUAUCUUAUUUUGUAUUCAUAUAAUUUAUGUAUUCCAGUACAUUUUUUAAUAUCUAUAUUACUAUUGCAACAUGUCUAGAACUUCAUCCAAUUUACACAUGAUUAUGGUGUUUUCUGAAUUCACGUCUUUGAUACGAACUUAUGUGUAUCUAGUUGAAACCUCAUGGAAUGAUUGUAAAUUAAUGUCGACGACUUGUAGGUUAUGUUUUGACUAUAUAAUUGGAAUGGAGAUAUCUAAAAUAUAUAAAGAUGGCAACAUUGAAGACUGACAUGAAUAGCCAUAUGAUAAAAGGAAUAUCAAAGGAGAUAUGAAGAUCAGAAGACCGAAAUUUCUUAGUUUAAACAUUUUGUUCUUGUUUUGAGUUUUAAAAGGUUUGAUUUUAGUAAUGUUGAAAAAGUCAAAAUGUUGCUCUAUUUCUUUUUUCAUUACAGGCAUCAUAAUAUAUUGAAAAUGAAAUUUUCAUUGAUUCCCUUUAUUUUUGUUCUAGGUUAGAGGUAAUCUUUAUCAGCAACAUGUUUCCAAUUUCAUUGAAAUGAAGUAGACUAAUUCUGAGAUGAUAAAAAAAGAAAUGUUAAAAAGCUGAAUUUUCAUUCGAUUAUAUAGGAUCUAAAUUGCAAAGCAACAGAAUAAUGAGAUUUUGAAAAAAAAAAGUUGUAAUCUAAUACUUGAAAAUAUUCUAAAACUUCAAUUUUCUGAGUUGUUUCUGCUUUAUUUUCGCUGAUUUUCGGUAAUGAUGUUUUAUUUUCAACAGUAAAAUAUUCAAUAACUUGCGAUGAAAUGAAUGAUUAGAAAGUCACGACUCACUAAGAGUUUACAUUAUCCACUAAAGUUGAUAACAAGAUAGUUAAUACCGAAAAUCAGCGGGAAAUGUGUGACCAACAUUCAGCUUUUUUGUUUAUACCAUUUAUGUUUCCCUAAACAUACUUCCCAUUUUAAUCAGGAUUAUUAAAUGUAUCGUGUAUUUUGUUUGUAUAUCCAGUAUAAUUUGAUAAUAAAACCAACACUUCCUA